UGACAUUUUAGAAUAUGACUGUGCAAUCAAUAUACAGAUAAAAUAUAUAACCGAAAUGGGGAAACCGGAUACCAACAUAGACUUUGAGGCCCAGGCUCCUCUGGUAAAGGAGGGUGAUGAAUGGAGUACUCAUAACCUUCACGAUGAUCAAGCUGUGUCACAUAGAAAAAUAAUCAGGAGGUGGAACCGUCUGUCUCGUCUACAGAGAUCUCUAGUGUAUGCAGCAGUUAUUGUGUCAAUAACGUUAUUAGCAUUACUUUAUACUUCUAAAACAAAUGUAGUCUAUGUACAUAAUGAAAUUAAAAUAGCACAGCCGGAACCUGUAAGCAAUGAUACUCUAGUCAAUGAUCUGCUACAAGCAGAAAAACCCAGAAGGACUGUAUAUGAUAGUGAAACCAAUGAGAGGCCAGUAUUCACAGGUCCCGGCAACGCGCGACAAUACGCCGUUGUGCAGAGCUUUAGGCACGCAUGGCGGGGUUAUAAGGAGCACGCGUGGGGACACGACAAUCUGAAGCCAGUGUCUGGAAUGCCAUACGACUGGUUCAGCCUGGGACUGACGAUAGUCGAUUCCCUGGAUACGGCUUAUAUCAUGGGACUUAAUGAAGAAUUCGAGGAAGGCAAGGAAUGGAUUAAGGAGGAGCUAAUAUUCACCAGAAACAAAGACGUCAAUUUCUUCGAAGUGACAAUCAGAGUUCUAGGAGCUUUGCUCACAAACUAUCAUUUUACUCAGGACGAAAUGUUUCUUGAUAAGGCUAAAGACUUAGGCGAGAGGCUGAUGGCAGCAUUCUCAUCACCAUCAGGCAUUCCAUACUCCGAUGUCAACUUGGGUACUAGGACCGCUCACGCGCCAGAAUGGUCCCAUUAUAGCACAACAGCGGAGGUGACCACCGUUCAGCUGGAGUUCAGAGAGCUGUCUAGAGCCACCAACAAUCCUAUGUUCGAGGACGCUGCAGCGGCGGUGUCAGAAAAAAUUCAUCAUUUGCCCAAAAAGCAUGGUCUAGUCCCAAUCUUCAUCAAUCCCAACACUGGGCACUUUUUGCCCCACGCUACAAUCACAUUAGGAGCAAGAGGUGACAGCUACUACGAAUAUUUACUGAAACAGUGGCUUCAGACUGGAAAAACUAUAAACUAUUUGCUGGACGACUAUAUGACGGCUAUAGAAGGUGUCAGAGAAUUUCUCGCUAAACGUUCUUCGCCCAAUAAGAGAUUAUUUAUUGGUGAAUUGACGGCUGGAUCAGAGGUAUACAAUCCAAAAAUGGACCACCUGACUUGCUUCCUGCCUGGCACUCUAGCGCUUGGCCACGCCAAUGGCCUGCCAGACUGGCAUAUGACAAUGGCGGAAGAACUGUUGUAUACCUGCUACUUGACAUACGCGGCACAUCCUACCUUUCUCGCGCCGGAGAUCACGCAUUUCAACUUGAUUAGCACCACAGACGAUAUGUAUACCAAAUCAGCGGACGCUCACAGCCUGCUGCGGCCCGAGUUCGCUGAGAGCCUGUGGUACAUGUACCAGGUUACUGGGAAUACCACGUAUCAGGAUUGGGGAUGGCAGAUAUACCAGGGUUUCGAGAAAUACGCCAAAGUGCCCAACGGAUACACAUCGCUCGCUAACGUGAAAGCUGAGAAACCGGUGCCGAGGGAUAUGAUGGAGUCUUUCUUCAUGUCAGAAACCCUUAAGUAUCUGUACCUAUUGUUUAGUGAUGACAGAUUCGUCAUAGACUUGAAUAAAUACGUCAUUAAUUCUGAAGCACACCCCCUGCCUAUACAUAAAAGUUAAAAAAUCAAUUAACUAAAAAAAUCCGUAUGUAUUCAGACCUUGUAGUAAUGUUUUGUCUCCACUUUUCUAAUGACCGCUAAUACCCGCUUCAUCUCAUGUCUUCAAUUUUAAAAGUAAAACCCGACUUCAAACAGUAUUUCGUAUCAUGGGACCACCUGUGAAAUAUUCCUUUUUCCAACAAAAAAGAAUCAUCAAAAUCGGUUCACAAAAGGCGAAGUUAUCCACGAACAAACAUAAAAACCCAUGUAUACGGUCGAAUUGAGAAACCUAAUUUUUUAAUCGGUUA